AUGGACCUCGACCCCGCCCACUCCACCGCCCAAGCUCACCGAAACGCCUGCUACGCCAUCGAGUUCUUUAAGCAGACGAGGGACAAGAAGCAGGAGCAGGGACGGCCGGCGCCCUCCAUGCCCUCCUCGUCCUCCCUCGCGUCCACCUCCACAGCGACCUCCAUCGCGACUGUGCGUGGGCGUCAUCACAGCAGCCAUGCGGGCGAUGCAUUCCGCAUGACACUGGCCCCCCGGCGACGGUUGUCACUCCCGACGUUCUCGAAGGCGUUUCGUGAUGACCCCGUACCUGCGCGUACGGGCACGGCAUCGUCGUCCCCCACGCGCCAACCGAAACGCGCGCGCGAGCGGACGUUGAGCCCGCUGCGUGCGUCGAUGGUCGCGAAGAACGGCAGUGCGCGGAAGCUGUUCACCCUAGACGGGGACACGGAAGGGAGCGACGCCGAAGAGGACCCUGAGCGGGACCAGGAUCGGGAACGUGCGGCGGCGAGGGAGCGCAUUCGGCAAGAGGAGAUACAAGCAAUAGCAGCAGCAGCGGAGGCACAGAGACAAGCCGAUGCAGAGUUGCAACACGAAGAGGAGGAAGAGCGGGCGCGAGACGAGGCAAACCGAAUGGCGAUGGUGUCGGAGGCGGAGAUGGAGAGGCUGCGGACGGGGACGCGGCGGUACCAUGCGCUGAUGGAGCUGCUCGCGACCGAGGUGGGGUACCUGAUGGACCUGCGCGCGCUUGUUACAGUCUACCUGGAGCAGCUCUCCACACUGACUGCGUCGCACCCCCCGCCGUCGACCUCUGCAUUGUCCCUGCCCGCACUCGCUCGCAGUCUUCCGUCCUCUCGCUCAUCGUUUCUGCUCCACCCAUUAUCCGCCCCUUCUCCAUCUGCCUCCGCAAGCUUGCAUCUUGAGACUGGAUCCGAUACUGGUCAUGGGCCGCCCAAAGACGAGCCAGAUCGGGAACAAGUGAAAGGAGCCAAGCGAGAAAAAAGCCGAGAGCGCAGCAGGGUUCGUGGCACGAGUAAAGUAAGAGAGGUAACGAAGGAGAAAGAGAAGAGUAGGGCGACGGAUAAGAAGAAGGGCAAGGAAAAGGAGCUUGAGCCUGAGGGUCAUGCCGACAUGCUCAAGGAAGGUGAUCACAGGGAGAAGGAGAACCUGACACUGACCGGACAGAACCACGACCCACAUCACUUACGCAAGAGCAGCAGGGAUGAGCAAGGAAACCCCCUCCCGACAUUGCAAUCCUCGAACAAGGGGAAACAUGUCCGACGGCCACUGCUUGCGGAGAAAGAUGUGCGAGCCGUGUCCAGGAAUGCUGACGAACUGUUGCGGUUUCAUGACCGCUUCGUACGCGAGCUCAGAGAAACAGUCGGUGACUACGGCCUGGGUAGGGCGUUCGUCACGGAUCUUAGUGAUGAAGGCAAGUCCUCCCCCAACGUCGAUGAUGCAGAACCCGUAGGCCUGGAUCGCAUCGACGAAGCUGUCUCGAUCGUUGCGGAGAAGUUCAUUAACCAGGCGGCGUCCUUCAGCUUAUACGAGGCGUUCUGUCCAGGGCACAACGAGGCCACAAAUCUAAUCCGCAAUGUGCAAGAGACUUAUCCGAGCGAAUGGGAUGCGUAUGAGCAGCGCUGUUCGGCGCUGAUAUCCUAUGCACUGGACUUCGGGGAAGGUACCUCAGAAGCGCAUGGAGACGACCAUCUACCAGGGAAUGAUAGUGCUCAUCCGUUAUCAGCGACAGCGGUAAUGCCUCCCAGUCCGCCUGUUGCGGAGCCUGGACGCAAGAAGCGCAGACAUUCUACAUCGUCGCUAGCCAUGCUCUCGUCGAAUGCACAUGCAGACUUCAUGCCGCAGGUCGCAAUGACGAAAUCGGAUCCUACGGAACGCAAGCGCGAGCACUCGAGCUCGAGCUCCGGACAUGGCCACAGGACGGCGCAAGCCCCGCGCCUGAAGUUCCUCGACUACCUGAUCAAGCCAGUGCAGAGGAUAUGUCGGUACCCGCUGCUGAUCGACCAGUUAAGGACAAAGCGGCAGCGGACCCUCAGCACCGGCAACUUGCCCUCGCGGACAGACUCGACGACGCCGAACGCGGAGAUGGGACUCGACGUGGCAGAGCGAGCUAGCGAGGCAAUGCGAGUCGUUGUCAGCCUCGUUGACCGCGCGAGUGAAAUGCAGGCGCAAAUUAUUCGUUCGGCCCUCAUCGCGUCUCGCAUGAUCUUCACGCAUCCUCCCGUGUCGCCCGCGUCUAAUCACGGACACUCCGCCGCAGGCUCAUCGAACCAUCGGACAUCUGCGCUUGGCAGGCCACAGGGUCUGACUCCCGAGUUCGUCGCAUCGCUGGGACCGUGCCACCUGACGGGGGCUCUAGACGUCGUCCAUCACCCGUCACCACUGUACGCAGCGAGCAAUGGAGCGCUUCGAGCCAAGUAUCUGGGUACUUUCCUUUACAAGGGUGGAUACUUGAUCAUGGUCAAGAUUCCGAAGAGCGGUAAGGUGUACGAUCCGCGGUUCUGGUUCCCUCUGUCGGGGUAUGAGCUGUUCGACUCUGAGGACGAUGAGUCAUCAUUGCCGUUUUCAUUCCAUCUCGUUGGCAGUGGACAUCAUCUGCAAUUUGCAGCCGCCUGUCAGUCCGAAAAGGUCAUGUGGAUGACUGCCCUCCAGGAGUCUUUAACGUUCCCAGCGAAUUGGACGAACGAGCCUGCUUCGAGCCUCCAGGUUGACGACAAAGCUCACGGCUCUUUUGCUGCGGAGGAUGGUCCUGCAGAGUGGUCGAUUACACCCCUUCCGACGAUCCAGUCGCUGUCAGAGCUCGAAGGACAGGAAGAGCAAUCCGCAGACGGACAUGUUAGACCAAGGGCACUGAUAGAGAAUAGGCCCAGACCGUCCUCGCGUUUGGAUAGUAUGGCGCUCAAGCAAGAGCACAUGCAGGUGUCGUCGUUCGCCGCACUCAGUCGGAGGUCGUCCACGGCAUCCGUCAAGGCCUUCUUCUCACCGAUGAGCCUUGAUACUAUUACACGGAUCGCCAGACCCUCCCCUCAAGUACGACAACACGUAGACCACGGUCUCCAUGACGUCUUUUCCGAGAAGUGCCUAGCUGCCCGAUCCCAGUCACUUCUGCGCGAGGAAGACUUGUACCAAGCUCGCAGGAGACCAGGUACGAACGUGUCGCGAUCAAACUCGGGACUGAGCAUUACAGGCGCCAUGGGUCUUGCUGCGAGGCGGCGAUACGAUAGCGUGCUCGUUUCCCGGCGGAAAGGGUCCCUUGAUGGUGGCACAGAACAUCCCACGGAUCUGGAGGUCGGCGGAAAGAACUUGACAACCCUGUCAGGGAAAGCGAAGUCGAUGGCUUCGAAGCGACGCAAGCGUCCUCUUCCUUCUGUUGUCCCGGCUGUGGCAUCUAACCUGGCCAAAGUCGAAUCUGAAGCGGAGCUAGACGCGCCGAAAACGCAGAGUCCUACGGGUGUAGACUCACCGUUCCCUGCGUCCCACUGUUCCUCGACUGCAUCGUCUAACGCUGGUUCUGCUCUGCCGAGCCCGGUCGACUUGAUCGUGCCCCUGCCUACGUAUGCUGUUCACGACGGGACACUCCGUCAGUCGGAUAUGCUUGGCGUGGAGGAGUCGAAGGGGAAGCGUGCGCGAUCUAUGGCGGACAACGUGCGGUACUUUUUCACGUCUCGUCCGGCCUCCCCGUCAUCGUCUUCCGGCCACCACUCUCCUACACCUCCCCCAACUGUUCCUUUGGAACCCGAGGUGGACCCUCAGACAAGUUUCGUGCAGUGGUUAAGGAAGGGCUCAUUGCGCCGUCGAGUGCAGAGCUCUCCAGAGAUGCCUCAGGAUGAGGGCCAGCCUGCUAGUCCCGGGCGUGCCUCGGAAGAAAAUCGUGGCUCAUUCUUAGUGCAAGUCUCGUCGAACAAGGCGACGAUCUCUCUUCGCACCGACUUCGCGUUCACGCGAUUCGUGCCUCUGCCAGCUUAUCCGUCUUCCCGCGUACGGGCCUCGCUUUCGCCAUCUCAACUCGUAUCACUGCACCAAACCAUCACCUCCGCCCUCGCACAAGCUCUCGCACUUCCUCCCGCUCAAUGCGAUUCGUCCACUACUCGUACUUUUGUCUCGUCUUAUGCCAAGGAUGCUGCACACACCGCGCUGCAGCACCUCAUCUGGAAUGAUGAGCAGAAACCGUCCAAAGUCUUUGCAGACCUUUCCCAGAUCGAAAGGACGAUCCGCCAACGCGCAUUCUACCUUGCUGAACGGCUCGCUGCCUCUGCGUCGCUUGAUCUGCAGACCUUGUUCGAUCUCUGUGUAGCGUAUGCGCCGACAAACGCUACACGUUUACGCAAUCUUCUCUCAUCUGCUUUCUCGCACAAUGCAUCCACUCUCUUCAAGGCAGUUCAGGGUGAAGCAGUUCCAGCCUUCACUGCAAUGUUAUCCACACCUUCUCAAGGCCUCUACGGUCUGCGUAAGACCGCUCACAUUCUGCUAUGCUUCCUGCGCCCAGCGCCCGCUGAUCUUGUACGGCCGUUCGCGCGAGACAAGUCCUUCACGCUCGCCCUUGCGCGCGCGUACGAUCACGGGCUUGCUAACUUCGCCCAGUCGUAUGGCGGGCUCCGCCUCCCAUCAAAUGGCGAUAUCCAAGCCAGCCGACUCGACGAAUGGGAACGCCUCUUCCUCGAGACCAAGGUUGCACUCCUUGACAGCUUCCACAUCCUAAUCGGUACGCUCCUCGCCGACGUUGCCGCAGUGCCGGUCGCGGGUCCCGAGCUCGCGGCGCAGUGCGAGUCCGCGUUCGAGAUCGUCUUUGCAUUACUCGAGCUGCCGCCGUCUGCACCUGCUUCAAGUGCCAAUGCUGCACCGCUUCCUUUCCUCAAUUGUCCCCUGCUCGCGGACUACCAACAUGCGUACGACCUUUCGAAGACACUCGCUGACACACUGAAGCGCGCAGAUGAUGCCCGCGCUGAGCUACUAGAGGCAACCCUACGUGGACUGGACGGUAGUGAUGGUGAAGGCCCAGGCGCACUGAAGCUGCUCCUCCGCUCGUCCGGUAUUGCGCCUGGGAUCGACUACCGCGGUCGGGGGCCUAGCCGUGCCACUACUGGAGGUGACGCCAAGGGCAAGGGUAAGGGUAAGGACAAGGACAAGGCUGCUCCACUCGAGGAGGAUCCUGCCCUCGACGCCGCUGUCGCACAGGUACUCGACAUCCUCCCCGACCAACCACCAGAAUACCUCCGCUUCCUGCUCGGGCACUCAGAUUAUCCGUACAAGGGCGACGCGGAGCGCCUCAUCGGUGCACUCCUGGAAGGGACAGCGCCCAAUCCAGAUGAAGUUGAAGCAGCGAUGCGGCGAGCAGAGGUCGUGGCAGGCGUGGAGCCCAGUGCAGUACGAGAGGCGGUGGUUUAUGACGAGGACGAGUUUACCUACACCAGAGACCGGCGAAACGCGUUCGAUGACGAGGCGAUGGAUAUACGUAACGUGCGCAUUGGCAAGAAAACGGACGAUGUGUCAACAGUCCUGCAGGACCGUGAAUUCAUAGAACAGAUGAAAGCAGACAUCCUGCGCCGCGCGGAGGCGAUCUCUGACGACGAAGACGAGGACAGCCCUCACAACGGGAGCAAGUACGUCGCAUUCGAGGAAGAGCUUGAUGACGAUGGCGGUGGCGCAGUGAAGGUGCGCGAUGGGGACGAGAGUGAGCUGGAUGGCCCAGACGUGAACGAGGAUGUGGAAGAGGUCAGUGACACUCGAAUGAAAACAGAAACCAUUUUGGAGCUGGCGUACCUGCAAGACCCAAAGCAAUUUGAUCGCGACGGCCAGACGCGACGCAGCAAAGCGAGGGCCGACCUCAAGGCUCAGACGGGUUGGACGGAUGAGCAAAUCGAAGGCUGGAAGAUCAUGCUGGAGCGAAAUCCAAACAAGGACAAGGUCCUUGCGAAGCACGAAUUCAGCGGGAACAAGCCUCUGCAGCCAGGGCCUUCCAGCGGUCCCUCUCACCUCGGCGGCACAAACCGAGGUCGUGGUCGGGGCCAUGGCCGUGGCGGACGCGGCAGAGGAGGCGGCCGCGGAGGCAGUGGUGGGGGCGGCGGAGGAGAGGGCAGCAACGCAGGUGAUCGGGCUUGGAAGGACAAGAACAAGGCGAGCCGGGCGAACCAUAAUCGUAAGAGAGGCCACGACAAGAAGAUGGCGCGAGCCGGUGGGCCCAGCUGA